AUGGUUGAUGAGUUGGUGGAGAUUCAUCAGUUGGUGAAGAAUCUACCAAAUGGUUGGGAUGACAUUUUUGGUUCAAGUAACAAUCCAGUUGUUACUGCUGCCCCUCAACCUUCUGCCGUUGUUCCAACUGAGCCUGCAGUUGUUACAGCUGCUGUUGUUGAUGCAACAACAUCUACCGAAGCAAUUAUUCGAGAAGUUGAUCCUGACACUCAAAUAAAUGCAGUUCUUGAUUCUUUGAAAAGCAAAGAUAAAGAAAUUACGGAGGAUGAUGAUGAAGAAAUAGAAGAAUAUGAGCGCGUGUGGGCUGGAUUUCAAAAAUGCAUCAUUAACAACCAUGCUGUAUCAAGAGUGAAUGUCAGUGUCUAUGGCAUAGAGGAAAAUGUGAUGUUUAUGUCUCCGUUUAUGAUAGCAUUUGAAGAUUUAAUGAGGCAUCUUCCAGCAUUUGUUCAAGAAGCUGUGGACUUUGCUGCUCUGACUGAUGGAGAGGGUAUUUUGACUGAUGAUAAAGUUAUAGAAUACAAUCAUUUUAUUGCGGUAGGAAGAGAUGACAUGUGGACCCUUCCUUCCACAUUUGAUAUUCUUUUGAUUCAUAUUGAAGCUUGGGCUUUUUUAUUGAAUGAAAAUGAAAGGAAUCCUGCUGGUUCUCCUCAGAAGCUGUUUUUAGGUGGCACAUAUUGUAAAUAUGUUGCUGAUUUGAUUGAGAAACCAGGCAAUGAAAAAAUCUUGUCUGAAUUGUGUGUUUGUCUUAAUUAUGGUGUGAAAGAUGUAAAUGGAGUUCAAUCGUUGAAAGAUUGUAAUAUGAUUUUUGCUCCUGUUCUGAUUGAAGACCCGAAGCAUUAUUACCUGUUUGUCAUUAGUAUGAAAGACAAAAGUGUCUAUUUCUUUGAUAAUAUGCUUCUGGAACCAAAAGAGAUGGAACAAAGGAAGAAAGCUUAUUCUGUCUUGUGUUCUUCAUUGGAAAAACUACUGAAAAAUAUGGAUAACAUUCAUCAUGAAGAUAUUAAAAGCUUCAAAUUUAUCCCGGUCGGUGGUAAUUGGAAGCGAGGUGCUUAUGACAAAGACUGUUGUGUCUAUUUGAUGAUGUUAAUGAUGGUUUUUCAUGGUGUUGAAACGGUACAAGAUGGUGUUGGGAUUUUUGACUUUGAUCCCUUGUCAGAUGAAGAUUUCAGGAAGUUUCUCAGGGCUUGUAUUUGUGGCACCAUUGUGUUGUCAGAUUUGAAUUGUUACAGAGAUGAAUAUCUGAAACGAAUGGUUGCAUUCAGGAAAUACAGGAAACAAGAUAUUUUGGAUGCCCUAAUUAAACAAAGGGAAGAGUUGACGCAGAAAUACAUGAAUGAUGCUUCAAAAAUUGAAAUUGUUGCAAGAAAUAGUUCAGCAAGGAAAUCCAAACAUGUUGAAACAGAAGAUGAAGCUGAGACAGAUGUCAAUGUUGAAGGGAAAGGACGUGGCAAAGGCGGGAGACGCACCCGAGGAGGCAGACGCGGGAAGUCGAAUUCUAAGUUUGAUAUAGUUACUCUCAAUGAUUUUUAA